UGCAAAGUUGAGGUUUUGCGUUGCCCAAGGUCACCGUUGCGGUUGUCCUCAAGAGACUACUUCCUAAUGAAGUUAACAGAUGUGUGCAGUAAACUCUACAAACGAUCUACAACUGAUUUCCCUAACCUUGAAUAUUAUAAAUAUGAUUAUUACAAGAUACCUGUUCUUAAAAACAGGGUAGCUGAACAUGGUGAUAAGACAAGAAGAGCUGUUUGUGUAGACGAAAUGCUAUCAAUGUUAGCUUGCCUAAAGGGAAGUGAUUUUGAUCAACGUCCUUGUACAAAAGUGAUAGACACAUUUAAUAAGUGUGUUCAGGUUAUGGAGAAAGAUAGAAAUUUAAAGAAACAGAGGAGAAAGUCAGGUGGUGUGGUACCUACUCAUGACUCAAUGAGUCCAUUAUCAGCUCGACAAGUUACAAAACUUUUAAGACAUUUUCCAGAACCUGAAUAAACUCUUACCUGUGGUAUUUUGUAAAUACUUAGUCUCAAUUUCUAGGGUUGAAUGAUACUUUUUAUGAUUUUAACUGGUUUGCAUAGAAAAAAGAACUACAUUUUAAUGUGUUUUCGAAUAUAAAUCUGUUUUGUUUGGUCUUCGGUUGAAAUGUCUAUUGUAUUCAACUUUUUCAAUUGUUUACAUGGUUAAUAGGAAGCUAAUUAAUGGUGUAUACGAUGCUACUUUUAGCAUAUAAGAGGGGGGGGGAGUUCAU